AUGUCUCUUUGGUGCGAAAAAUAUCGCCCUUCUAAUUUAUCAAAAUUAGAUUAUCAUUUAGAUCAGGCCAAGCAAUUAAAGAAUUUGAUUAACAAGGGAGAUUUUCCUCACUUGCUAGUAUACGGAACGCCAGGAUCGGGUAAAAAAACUCGAAUAAUGUGUUUACUCAAAGAAUUAUAUGGUCCCGGUGCUUGGAAGUUAAAAACUUGUCAGAUGAACUUUACAACUCCUUCGAAUAAAAAAAUAGAUAUAAUGACACUUAGUAGUAAUUAUCAUAUUGAAGUAAAUCCAUCAGAUGUUGGAAUUUAUGAUAGAGUUGUUAUUACAGAGUUAGUUAAAAAAACAGCCUCUACCUAUCAGCUUAAUUCAUCAAAGCAAAAGAGUUUUAAAAUUUUACUUUUACAAGGGAUUGAUGAAUUAACAGCUGAUGCCCAGCAUGCUCUUAGAAAAACAAUGGAAAAUUACAAUGUGACAUGUCGUUUAAUUCUUUGUGGCAAUUCUAUUUCGAAUAUAAUUCCUGCUAUUAAAAGUCGUUGUCUUCAUAUUAGAAUACCAGCUCCCAGUUAUGAAGACAUAUGUAAAAUAUUAUUAUUUAUUUGCAAAAAAGAAGGAAUUCAAUUGCCUGAAACUUUAGCAUAUAACAUAGCUAGAAAAAGUGACAGAAAUUUAAGAAGGGCAAUUUUAAUGUGCGAAGCAUGUAGAGUGCAACAAUUUCCCUUAACAGAAAAUCAAGAAGUUGUUGAUUUAGAUUGGCAAAUUUUUUUAAAAGAAACUGCAAGAUUAAUUGUUGCCAAACAAACACCGGAAGCACUUUAUGAAGCAAGAGGAAGAAUUUAUGAAUUAAUUGUACAUAAGAUUCCUCCUUCAGUAAUUUUUAAAGGAUUAUUAGUCGAGCUCGUUAAAAAUUGUGAUAUGAAUAUUAAAAUGGAAAUAGCUGAGGCAGCAGCACAUUAUGAACAUUUAAUGCAUAAAGGCUCUAAAGUUAUUUUUCACAUUGAAGCAUUUAUUGCUAAAUUUAUGUUAAUUUAUUCUAAAUAUUUACAAAAUUCAAUGUCCGAUUUAUUUUAA